ACUGUUACAUCUAUCUUCUAUGAAAUUUCUCUCAACCUGUGAAUGUUCUUUUAGAGUGCAUUGGUCAAGUAUGGAGUGGUUGUAUAUCUUAUUGGCCAUUGAUGACAGUUCUCUGACAUCUUUUGAAACUGAUAUAAUGAUAAACAUAAAAUCAUGAGUGACACAACAGAAAUUUAAUAUAGCUUAAGACGCAAGUGUUCAGGACAGCCUAUAAGCCAUGAUGAUUCAUAUUCCUUGAUUUUUGAGAAACUUUAAAAAAUCAUCAUGGAAGAGAACGAAUUAUACAAUGUUACCGUUCCAUUUUUGUCUGGUAUUGAACCAGCAUUUUGGAACUAUUCUGAUCAUGUUAUUCUCGAUGAUCUUAAAAUGGACAGCAACUUCAUAUGGUUGCUUUGUUCAUUAGUAUCUGCCAUAUCUUGGAUCAUCUAUAUAGUUUAUUAUAAUAGCAGAGUUAUUGGUUACAUAUUAACAAAAUUGUUAAAUCGUUUUGUUAUACGUGAUGGAUAUGUUAAAAUUGGAUCAUUUACAUUAAGUGCUCUAAGUGGAAAGAUAAUGUUUAGAGAUAUAGUUUAUAUUACAACAGAUUAUAGUAUUAGAAUACAAGAUGGGUGGCUUAUAUUUAGAUGGUGGAGGAGUUAUGUCCCAAAAGAUGUAUCCGAAGAUCUUUCUCAUUCAGAUACAAGACUUUCAGUAAUGUUAAAUGGAUUCGAAUUACAUGUAUAUAAUCGCUGUCAGUUAUAUGCACAAUUGGAGAAAUCAUUUGGUCUCACACCUCAAAUGUUUGCGGACGAAGAAAAUUUUUGCAUGAAUGUUGAUGAUCAUGAUGUAACAUCAUUAGGCAAUGCUAAUCAUGAAAAUCGUCAACAAAUAAAUGCGAUGGAUGUUUCACGUCAUGUUGACAACAUUAGAAAAAAAGAAGCUCAUGUUAUUGCUAGAACCUGGAGAGAUUUAAUACCUGUUAUUAAAUUAGAUGUUUGCACGGGGAGAUUAGUAUUUGGUAAUCGCUUAGUACCAACAACACUUUCAAUAACUGUAGAAGAAGCACAUUUUGUAUACUCCACUAAGCCAGCAGCAUCUCGACAUGAUCAUUUUAUGCACUUUUCAAAAUGUAAAGCAGAAAAUUUCAAAGUCAUUUUAGCACCCAGCCCCAAGUAUACAGGAAUGGUUGAUGAUCCACCUAGAUAUAUGGGUGAAGGUUUUGUUGUCUUAAGUUCUAAUAAUAUGGAGGUAUAUUAUUAUAUGGAUGAACCUGGAUUUGUUCCUGAACAUCCAGAAAUGAUACAAUUAGUUAAUGGUGAUAUGGUUGAAGCAAUGCCACCUAUUUGGGGUAUAGACAUUAAAUGUGGAAAGGGUACAGAUUUUAGUUAUGGUCCUUGGGCAGAUGGACAAAGAGAACACUUAUUCAAGUUUUUCUUUCCAAAUGAUUAUCAAUCAUUGAAAGUAACAAAAACUCCAAUCCCAGGAGAGAAAAGACAAGUGCAAUCCUUUGAUAUUAGAUUAUCAACACUUAAUGAAGCAACAGUAGAUAUAUUGUUUAGUAAAAACAGAGAAACUAAUGCCGUUCAUAUUAAUGUAGGACCAGGAUCAUAUUUAGAAAUUACCAUGCCAUGGAUAGUCUUGCAGGAUGGAUAUACUACAAAAAUAACUGGUCAGUUAUUACAUUUAGAAGCUACAACAAGCUUGCAAUAUCGUAGUUUAUUUGAGAGCGAAACAUUGGAAUUUGGAGUGAAAUGUCAUUAUCCAAUAAGAUGGAAUGAUCAUCAAGAAUGGACUCUUAAUUUGACUGGAUGUAAAGCCACGGCUAAUUUAGUUUAUUCGCACAAAGAAUUUUUUCAGGAUAUGAUUAAUGAAUGGGCCAAUAAAUCGAGGCCCGAUAUCUUGCAUUUUGUUCCAUAUACAUGGAAAUUUAGUUUAUUAUUAAAAGAGUUUGAGUUAAUUACAGUUUGUAACGAAUAUAAUUGGAUCGAUUGUUCAUCUCAAAAUCAAGAAAACGCACAUAUUGCUUUUUGUGGAGAAUUUUUUGAUUUAUCAUUUGAUCUCCCAUUUGUGGAUUUUCUACCUUUAACAAUACCAUUACGUUUCUGGAUUCAAGGGGAAAGCGUUGAUCUUUCCUUUUAUUUACCAGAAGUUAAUACAAAUCGUGCAAUAUUAUUAGCAUUGGACAAAAAUGCAAAGAUUAUGACACGCGAUGGAUCUCAUAAACAUUUGAACGAAUUACACAAAGGUAAAAAAUGGAGGAAUGUAUGUCAAAAAGGAUCAGGAUGGGUAGAUUGUUGGUCUGUACCAAUUGUAGCAUUAAGUAUUAAUUAUACAUAUCAUCCGUGUCCACCAUUGGGACCUACUCCACAAGCAAAUAUAACAACCCCUGAAAAAGAAGAAAUUUUACUUUCCCCAAUGAGAAUGACACGUUGUCGAAAAUCACCAAGUCUUCAAUGGACACGAAAUGGUACUCAAAAAUUUGAUCCUCAAUCUAUACCUCCAGAUAAAGUGAGUUUGGAACUUGAAAUCGGACCAUCCAUAUUAAUUUUAUAUGGGUCAUUGUUAAGAAGUUUCAUGCAUUUAAAAGAAAAUUUAUUUGGUGAUUAUCAAACUUUCACUGAUAUGCAACAGAGUAGAACUAGUCCUACAGUUGUAAGUACUGAUAGAAGUAAGGAUCGAGAUAUGCAAAACAGCAGUGUUGAAGCAUCAAUGGAAGAUGAGGAAAUCAAAUCCAAACCGUUUGAUCCACGAGAUUAUCGACCAUUAGAGGUUACAGUGGGUAUCACAAUGCAUGAUAUACAAGCUCAUCUUAUAAAGAAUUGCGGAGAAAAUGAUCCACCCUGUCCUGUUAUACUCCUUGAAAGAUUUGGUUUUGAGAUGAGAAAAACUUUCAAAGAAACAGAAUUGCAGCUUCUUCUUUCACCUGCGAUAGCAUUGCUUAUGGAUAAUGUAGCAAGAUCAAGUAAAGAAAGACAUUUAAAUCAAGGUCAUUUAAUGUUAAGUGCAUUACAAGUGAGAGGUCAUGCAAUGUUUAGUAAUGAAGGAAGAAGUUUAGAUCAAGAAACCUUGGAAUAUGCAUGGUUGAUCGAAAUACAAUUAGGAAAAUUAAGUGGAAAAAUAAGUUCACCUCAAUUACAUCAUCUUGUAACUUCUUUGGAAACCUUUUUGUUAAUGGUCAAGAAUUCGGAAAAUAGCUUACGACCUCCGGAUUUACCUCAUCAUUGUCAUCAUGGUGUUCCUCCACUGCAAUGUACAGACAGUGAUCCUGAUAAACAUUAUAGAUGCCCUAGUUCAGAAGAUAUCAAAUAUAGAAUGACAAGAUUGUCUGUAGAUGCUAUUGAUUUAUAUUUUCAAGAAGUGGGCACAGUGAUACAAUUUUGGAUAUCUCCAAUUCGUUUAUCAACUUGUAAUUUACAUGGACAACAAGUAAAAUCUGGUGUAACAGGAGUAUUACCAACAAUAUUGAUUCGCCAAUUUGUAUCUGCAGCUGGUCAUUUUGCUAAUACAAGUAAUACUAAUACAACUGGCAGUGGAAGGUCACAUAAUAAUACAAGUAGUAGAUUGUCAGGUGAUGGAACUGAUAUUUGGCUUGAAGUAGGAUCUGUAUCUUUGGGCCCAGUUAUUCUCGAAGCUGCAAUUUCUCUUCCUACACCAGAACAUGAUUUGCAUUUAGUACAAAAUAAAUAUUUAAAAAUGCAUGAUGAAGCUACAAAAAGAUUGUGGUUUCUUUGGCCCCAAGAAAGUGGUGUAAAAUCAACAAAAUGUGGAUGUAUCGGUGGAUGUGCAUUUUUUGGAAAUAACAGAAAUGGCUCAAAAUUUUUUAAACCAAGUUAUCACGAUUUACAAGAUGGAAUUAAUAUUGCUGCUUACAGGAUCUAUGAAUCAGGAAAAGAAAAAGGAUUUGGACAGUCUAUUUUACAUGAUAAUCAAUUAGUUUUUCAUACACCUCCAUAUAGUUUACAAGAUGUAUCUUUGCAAGACUCGUGUUAUCCUGUCACAGGAGUCAAAGUAACUAUUGCUCAAGAAGGAUUGCAAACUUCAAAGAAAAAUAUUGAUCGUCCAAGUGCAUCCAAUAUAAAAGAUGUUCCAUAUUCUCGAUUGGUUGAUGCCAGUCCUGUUGCACAGUUACCACAAAAAUUAGAUUCUGACUCUAAAUUAAAUACAGAACGUAGUAAAUCUAUCUUAAGUGUUCCAGAAAUUGAUACUGCACCAAAAAGUAGUGUAUCUGACUCUAAAUUAGCAGUAGAUUAUUUUAAUGCAACAGACGUGGAUACAGCAGAACAAAGUAGUAGUCCACAAUCUUUACCUAUAGUUCCAACAGAAAUGACUUUUUCUGGAACUAUAAGAUCAACAACGAAAAGCAGUGAUCGUGUCAAUGUAUCUGAUUCUCAUCAUUCAUUGUGUGUAAGAUCAGAUUCCGAGGAACGUUUCAAACAAGAGGUUCAAAGAACUAUCUCAAUGUCAUCAGAGAAUCAUUCAGAAGCAUUUUAUUCUGCCGAUGAAGAUAUGAGUCAUGGUUUAAGCGGAAGUAGAACGUCUAGUUUACGUCAAUCUAUCGUUGGUUCCGGUUCGGUUUUAAAUCGUAACGAUACAGAUAAAGCUCAUACUUUAGAAAGAGCAAAAACUCAAACAUUAAACUCAAAACGUAGUCCAAGAGUUACCAAGAAUGCCACUCUCCAGAAUGAUACUGGCACAUUGAAUGAUAAUGGAGGUUUACAGGAUUCUUCUGAUAGCCAUUCUGUUUCAUCUACCAGUUUUAUAUCUGCUGUAUCGUCUCAAGAGGAUGUUACACUUGUGAAUUUGCACAUGCAAGUGAAUAAACCGAUAGUUGACUCUCCGCUUUUAAUGUCAAGUUACGUCAGUCAUUUAACACAGGUAAGGUGCUCCAAUUGGACACAAUCAUCAUUACCUUCUGGUGGAGAUGCAUUUACUACACCGGUAUUUCAACGCACAGAAGAUGGUAGACUCGUUUAUGUAGGAGGAAAAUAUGUGCCAAAGCUUGAAACAAUUAGCGAAGGAUUUACAUCUUUAAAAAUGGUAACACGUUGCGAUGGUUCACCUAUUGCAGGAUCCUCAAAUAAAACACCGACGCAUCCUUAUUCAUGGGAUAAUACAGCAUUAAAUCAAAUGGAAGGUGAAGAUAAUAAUACUACGCACGAUGAAGAAGAAUUAUUAACAGCACAUGAAACAGGAUCUCGAACAACGGUUAUUAUAAAAUUCAAAGGAGAUAUUGAUAUCAUGAUAAGUCCUAUGGUGUUAGAAUCUCUUCAACGUUUCAUAGAAACUAUUGUACCAACUUUGGCUAUGUUACAUCCAUUAACAAUCUUAAAUCAUCUUCAUAAUGAAUGUAUAGAGAAAGUCAAAGAUGCUAACAUUUUAAAACAAGAUCAAAGUUUAUCUUAUUGGAGUCAAGUACAAACCAGCUCUAAACGAUCAACAGCAGAAAGGAAUGUUAAGAAUGGUCAGGGUGAUGAUAAAAGUAAAAUCGCAUUACAAACUAAUGUUUAUGAAGAAAGUAUUACGACACAAAUACAAGGUAGCAUCAUUUUACCAAAGAUGAACUUAACGUUAUUGCAAGCUUCUGUUGUUGAAGAAAUAAUAUCUUUUUCUGCGCUUGAAAAUAUACGAGAUCUUACGUGCGUAUCAUUAUUUGCAAUUUGUUUUGACGAUGUCACUGCAAGAUUUUAUAUUGGCAAACAAGCAAGAGAAGUUGUUCAAACGUUUCACAAACCCGCCGUAUUACCGAACCAAAAGAAAGUUAAUAAAAUUAGUAAAGCAUUUUUACCUGGUCAUCAAACUACAGCUGUAGUGAGUGAUUUUGGUGGUGGAGAAACUGUAUAUAUCGAAACAUCUGAGAAACAACAGGAAGAAAUUAUAAUUACUUUAAAUGUUGGAAAAGUUCAUACGCAAUUGCGUCGGCUUAGAAAUGAAUCCUCAAUAUUAAAAGAUGCUGUUAUAACAGCUAUACCUGCCCAUUAUUCAAGAGUAUUAUUUACAUGUACAAGAAUGACUUCUCCAUUAAAAUGCAUUGAUUAUUAUCUACUACAAUUACCCGAUGAAAAAGAUAAACAAAAUAAACAAUCAGGUCCUUCUCAAGCUACAGAAGAAUUUACUAUGGGUAGUGGAGAAGAUCGAUUAGGAUUCAUUAUGUUCGAAUGUGGUUUGGAAGGAAUUAAAUUGAAAAUUGUAAAAAGAUCGCAAUUUGAGAAAGGAGAAAAUGGACGCGAUGAUAAAAAAGCAGAUACCGAAUUAUUGUACACUGAUAGUAUAAAAAGUCAAGAGGAAUUGGAUAAUGGAGCUGCUUCUACAGCUCCAGCUAUUGAACAAGAGAUAAGUUCGGCAAACGUACCUAGUGGAACGCAAAUAAACAAUAGUGCUACUUGUGCUAGUCUUAACUCCAAAACAACUAAUGGGAAUACCGUUUCAUGUGUUAUAGAAUUAAAAACUGUAUGGUUUAAUUUUGCAGCACCGCCUCGUACACCGAUAACACGAAAAAUAGAUUAUACGCGAUUAGAUUGGAAUUUGCUUAGCACUGCAUCUCCAGCCAUUAAUGCUUGGAUGAAUCCAAGUAAUAAAUUUGCCAUUAGAAUUGUCCAUAUGUUUAGAACUAUGUAUCGAAGAUCAACAGCAAUUGUUGCUUGUCUCAUGGCAGAAGCAUUAGAUGUUCAAGGAAUCCACAUACCGGUUAAGAGUCGUUAUGGGAGAUUAACGCCAUUGGCUAAAACUCUACAAGAAGACCCGUCCUGUCAGUUGUGCACGAUUUUGCAAAAUUAUGUAUUACUUUCUGAUUUAGCAAACAUAGAAACCAAUCUUAAAGAAUCUGAUUUACCUCUUUUAUCUACGCUUCGACAGGGAGUUAUUGUAUUAAGCAGACAAUGGAAAAAUGUACUUUACACUCCAUUACUUUUGGAACACAAUUAUAAAACGAAACACGUCAAACCUUUGAAUGUUACAUUUGCUGUCUCUGAUCCUGAUGAGGAAAAUUUGCUGACGGAUGGGGAGGGUAGUGCAGGAGAUGUUGAUGAUCAGGAAGUGACAGAUGAAUGUGCUAUGCUAAUCCACACGGACCAUAUAAACAAACAUAUACAUGUCAAGAAUGGACAAGAUAAAAGCUCAGAAAAAAAUUGGAUUAAUAUGAAACAACCAGGCAUGUGUGGUGAUGGUUUGACGGUUCCUGUAAGUUCUCCUCGUGGGAAAGAUACAACCCCAUUACCAACACCGGUUCCAGGCCCGGAUUCACUAACCUCUCCCUCUCCACCAGUAGUUCUUCCAAAGAGAGGAAAAUCGCUGCAACCUACACAAGUGCCUGUUAGUACACGAGCAAGUAUUGUCUUUCCCUUGCUUGCAAGCGGUGGCCUGUUCAAUCAAAAUCGAGAACAAAAUAAUAUAAGCUAUGGAGCAUUACGAGAAGAGAAGGCACCACAAAUUCAAGUAUCCCAUUCUCAUCAACUUGGUUCUAAUCCUAGUAUAUAUUCUGGAGGUCUACAUGGAAGUCAACAUAGUACUGGGAGUUUAGAUCAAGUGACUUCUCCAAUAAGUCAUCAUUCAAAUAAACCUAUUAACACUGAAGAAGAUUUAUAUAAUUGGAUGGCAAAACAACAAGAAUUUAUAAAAGAUAAUGAGAAAGGAAAUGUAAAAGGACAAUGGGUCUUUCGUGCAGAACAAAAGUCAAUGAAGGAUUCCAAGAUUAAUACUAUGACAACAGAUGAUACAGAAGAUUCAGAUUUACAUAGUGGUGCAUUUUUAUACCCAAUGAAAGAUUCACUUCGUUUAUUGGAUGCUCAUUUAAUUUUUGAACCUCUUUUAUCUUCAUUAUCUGUUAUGCCUCAACAAAUGUUAUCGGCAAUUGGUUCUGGAAAUGUAAACAAUAUGUCAUCUUUAGAUUGUUUAGGAUCGAAUUUGUCUCUUGUAGGAUGUAUGGAUACAAUGCGUAUCGAUAUAGUUGUCAGUGAAUUUGGAAAAGUAACAGACAAAAAGAAAAGUAACAAGCAUCAACAAAAGAAAGGAGUUGGGUCGAAAUUUCAUCUGGACAUACCUCCUGAGACACCAGCAUUUUUAUGUGAAAAAAUUGGUGUUGAUAUAGAUGUUAAAAAAAUGGCUGAUAUGACGGUCGAUGAUAUGAUACAAAAACAAAAUGUUUUAUAUAUAUCAAGAGGUCAACUAAAGAAGCAUACUAGCACAGUAGUUAAUUUCAGUCUCAAUAUACGUUAUAUCAGUCAACAAGUAAAUAUGCCAUUACUUAGAUUAUUGCAUCAAAUUAGUAAUAUGUAUCAAAAUGUUAAAGAAACACAAAUGGAAUUGAAAGAACAACGUCCUGAAACCAAACGAAAUACAAAUUUACUUGUCAAUGAUACUGUCACAAAAAAUGGCUCCUCCUCAACAUCUGAUUUACAAGAGCACCUUCUUAUUGGAAAGAAAGCAGAAGUUCCAUUACUUCGUAGUAGUUUUGAACCAAAUCAGCAAAAGGUCAUAUCACCAGGUGCAAGUAUUAGAUCUCGACCGCAAAGUUUUGCUCAAAAAUUGCGUAGUACAGGAAAAAGUGUAAAAGGUUAUAUUAAUCUGAGCGAAGGCGUUAUUACACCUAGUUUUGGAGCGAGUCCCAGUGGAUCGGGCCUUGAUAAAUUUAGUAUAUUAUCGGAUAAAUGCAAAGAUACUGUUAAUUUAAUACCAAGAUGUUGGAAAACUAUCUAUUAUCUCUUGGAUUUAUACGCAACACGUCCAGAAACUAAGACUAUUACACAUCGAUUUUCUAUUCCCGCGGAUGCGGCGGAACAUUAUAAAACAAAUAAGAAGUAUGAAAUUUUGAACGAAACAAAAGAUGGUGGGGAUAUUGAGAAAGGUUUAAAUGCAGAGAAUAGUUCUACACCGGUACCACCUCCAAGGGAAUUAAGUGAAAGGACUAGACUAAUCAUUUUUGGAGUUGCAAGAAUACAUAGAACUCGGCUUUUGGCUACAUUAAGUGGAUUAAAACUAGAAGCUGAAAUUACAAGCUUGCAUGCAAGCUUAACGUGCCGUAAAAAAACUCGACCUGCUAGUUUGGAAUGUAGUUUGACAGGACAGAUUGGUAGAACUAUGAUCGUUUUACUGGAAGGUGUAGCACCUAGUCAACAAACCGUUGUCAAGAUUACAGUUGGAAAAUCACAAGCUUUAUACUCUAGCAUAACCAGACGUCAAAAAGACAAGAACAGUGGCUUGUUAACUGUUGGAGCUGUAAAUAUAGAUAUACCACAGCAUCCAGUUGCUCUGCAUGGAAUGAUGACAAGAGGUAGUAAACAAUUAUCAUCAACUUUACAGGAAUUAAGAGUUACAAGAACAUCCUCACGAAUGUCGAGAGGACAACAGCCAGAUGAUUUAGAUGCUGGACCCAGUAGUCCACAUCAUGAUGCACCAGCACCUACUGUUGAUGAAGAAAAAUCUCAAGCUAUGCCUAGCCUUUUGGAACCAAUUGUUAUGCAAUUUCAUAUAAUACUCCAAAGUUUAAGUAUAACAGCUGCAUUGCUUCCUUCUUUACAAGCACAAUAUAAAAUGGAUCAAGUGAACAGUUCGGGUGUAACUGGUAGUAAAGCUAAAUUUACGAUAGACCUGCCUCAUCAUAGUCUAAGUUUUACAACCAAAUUACAAGUAACAGAAGCAAAUCUACCUUCUGAAGCAAGUAUUGAACUUCCUCAAGUACAUGUGUCAGCAGAAUAUAUACAGGAUGGAAAUAACAAUUUAAACGAUAGUAAAAUUGCUGAUGGGGUUGUUUUAAGACAAGGUAGUUAUUUGAGUGCCACUGCAGACAUUGGUACAUUUGAACAUUCUUUAACAACAGAUCUAUUAAAUCAUUUAGUAUUUGUACAAAAAGUAUUUAUGAAAGAAGUUAAUGAAGUUGUACAAAAAGUAUAUGGUGGAGAAAAACCAGUUCCUCUCUGGCUUGAAGAUGACGAAUCUACAAAUUCUACUUUAAAAAGAAUAUUAUUUUCACUGGUCAUUCGUAUUAAGAGAAUACAAUUAACUGCAACAACUCCAACAAGUUCUGCAGUUCGUUUAGAAACCGGUACCGUUGAAUUUCAAUUAUCUAACAGAGUGCAAAAUGUCUCUGGUGCAACUCAACCAAAUCCACACAUGAAGUUAUUUGGCAAAGCACAAGUUGAUAUUAAUUUGAGUCUCGGACAAUUAUUAAAAAAUGCUCUGUUCGAAGAAGCGGAACCGGAAUUUCAACAAUUUGCAUUUUUUAAUACCAGAGUAGGUUUACGAAAUGCAUUUCAAGAAGAAAUGGCCCAAGGUGAAGACAAAGAAGUAGUUUUAAUUACUCUAAAACGUCCAUUAAUUUAUAUACAACCAAUGGCUAUCGAUAAAGCAAUACUCGUUUGGUUAAAUUAUAAGAACGCAUAUGAAUAUUGGAACGAAAAACGAGCUAAUUUAAAUAAAGAAGUAUUAACAGCUACACAACAAGUCUUUGAAAAAGUUCCAUUUGGCCAAUUAACGAGUCAACUUAGCGCACCGCAUUUGGGAACAUUAUUUUUACAAUUGACAGUAGACGACAUGGGUAUUUGUUUGCCAUUAAAUCCUUUACCACCGAAUAAUUGGGGAUUAAACAGAGGAUUAUACGACGGAGAAUUAAGGGGUGCAGUUGUGGUUACACUUGAAAAUACCAGCAUAUCAGCAUGUAGUAGUGGUAGUUUAGUUAGUAAAGCAAGGUUUGUAGGAUUAUGUCUAAGAUUUGCAGAAGAUUUUGAAACAUCUUUAGAUGAUUGGAAACCAGAUAUGACUGAUAGUAGUAUUAUGAAUUUGUGUGUAGUUUCUGAAGGUACUUAUGAAGUAUGUAGUAGAACAAUUGCACAGAAACAAGAUAAAUCAGAUAACGCCAAAUGGAUAUUAAAUGUUCAAUGGCAAAUGGAAGGAGUCGAUAUCCAUCUUGAUGUUAAUGUAGGACAACAAUUAUCAGCACUUGGUCAUACAUUGACAAUGUUAACAGGUUUUGAAGAAGAUGAUAUACAUGUUCCAGCUGAUUACGAUAGCGAUGAUGCAGAUCAACCAGAUAAUAGUACUAGUCAGGUUAAAAGAAAAGAGAGUAUUUUGAUGAAGAAGUCGAAAAAUUGGACCGACAGUUUGCCUGCGUUUGUCUUCGAUCCUACUUUAGACGCAAAGAAACGAUCAAAAUUAAUUGAAAAGGAAAUGAAUGAACAAGCUAAGAUAAUAAACGAUUUAAGAUCAUUAGGUGCAUCUCAUGGUACUAUAGAACAAGAAAUGAAACGUUUACAUGAAUUAGAAGCUAUGGUAUUUAAGGACUUUAGAAGGGAUAUGAUACAAAAAUUACGAAGACAAUCGGUUAAGGCAUCUGGAAUAAAAGGUAAAUUAGGUCUUGGGAGUAAAACUAAUGCGUAUCGUUCAAGGUCAUUUAUUGUACCUUCACCAACACCAGAACAUCAACUUGAGAGCCCAGAAGAUAUGAAUAUAGAAAUAAAUUCAGCAAAUUCGGCUAGUUACGAAAGUAGUCCUAGAAGUGGUCCAAGCAGAUCUGCUUCUCUUCGUGUUAGAGGACUUAGCGGACAACGAGUUACAUUUAGUGAUACUCAUACAAUGUGCAGGCAAUCGUCCUUACCUAGCGCGGGAUCAGAGUUCAGUUUACCUGAGGGAGAAUUAGAAUGGCCAGAGACUAUUGAAAUAGAAGGAGAGCAAGUUGAAUUAAGAAAAAAAAGUAGAGACGCUAGUUGUACAUCUAGUUAUGACAGCAUGGAAGGAAACGCACCUUUACUCGACUCAUUUGGAAAAGAGCAAACUUCGUCUACUUCAUCACCAUAUAUAACGCCACAAAAAACUCAAGAACCUAACAUAGACUUCGAACUUGAUGUAAAAGUAUUAAUUAACAGUGGAAAAUGUGUUCUUCAUACAAAAGAUCCAACGAGGGAAGACGAAAUUAAGCUUAUGAGUAAAAUGAAAAAGGAGAGAUCCUGUUCUGGUGGAACGUUCGAAUUUCAACCUAGCAGUCCAAGUAGUAGUAGAAAGCAUUUAAGUAGUAAAGAAAAAUCAUCCACCGCUAGUACAUCACGAUUACGAUACUUACAACAUGCGAGUGUACCUUUAGUAGAUUUAACGAUUUUUCGUAUUCCUGGUCUAGAUGUGAAGGUUCAUUAUGAAUCCAAAACUCUUCCCGAAGAAACUAUGUCUCCGCGUGUUUCAACAGAAAAUACUUUAUUAAAUCCUACUCCUACAUCUACUCAACGAAAAUCUAGCACUAAAAAAGCUAGUCUAUUUGCUUGGAUGACUCUUCAAAGUAUUCCAGAAGAAACUAUCAUAAGUCCUCAUAUUUUAGAAUUUUUUGAACAAACGUUAGAACCAAUUCCAAGCAAAAGUAAUUUUCAAAAUAACACACAAACGAAUUCUGGCUUUCCGUCGGAAAACAUAGAAAGUACGUCAUGGGCAGCCACUGCGGCUAGUGGCAAUUAUGUUUAUGCUAGUUUCCCAGUCGAUGUUAUAGUAUAUUUUCAUAUGCAGCCAUCUACUUUUAGAUUUUCUUGUCUACCAGUAUCUAGAGUAGAAUGUAUGUUACAAUUACCUUCCCUUGACAUAGUAUUCUCUUCAAAACGAGCAGAAGAAGAGCUUAUUGAAUUUCGAGAAUAUAAAUCUCCAGUUACACAAACUACAGGCAAGGAAACAGGUUCAGCUAUCGGUGGAUUGUCCGUGACAGGAUGUCUUGCAGAUUUUUCUGUUUAUAUCUUUCAUCCUUAUGGAGGUGGCAAGAAAACAGGUUUAAAAGAAGCUCAAUGGUCGCCCUUAUCAGACAGUGAAAGAAAAGAUUCAUUGAGUAUUAACGUUGAAUUUGUGAAAUUUCAUUUGUCGAGGAUUAGAAAGUUCAAUUUCCAGAGCGAACAAUUGAAAAAGGUUCCGGAUGCGAGUAGUCGAGCUGUUAUACGGUUUUCGACAAUCGUUGAUAUCGGUUCUGCAUCGUUCAAAUACGAUAUGCGUCGUUUGACCGAAAUCCUUGCAUUUCCAAAAGCAUGGUACAGACGUAGUAUAGUCAGACGUCUAUUUCUUGGUGAUCUCAGUACAGGUACGGCAUAUUCCGAAGGAGACGGAAGUCCCCCAUUAAAUCAAGAAGAAGCAGUAAUGGGUAGUUCCUUGUUAAAACAUUAUGAUAGACAUGGAGGAGAUGGAUUAUCAAAGAGUGCACCUGAGAGAAGUCCUACAUUAAAUAGAGAUAAAUUGAGACUUAGUUUGGAAAGCGAUAUGCCAAAACAUGCUCGUUUAAAAGACAUUGGACGAGGAUGGAGUUUUAGCGCAGAUAAAAAAGUAACGUCUGAAGUUAAAUUACGAGAAUCAGCGUGGGAGACUUUAGUAUUAUUUGCAGUGAAUUUUACUCGUUUAAAUGUACAUAUGAAUAUGGGUAAUGUCAUGGGUAAUGUCACUUGGAUGACCAAAGACUUUAGAUCCGAUGGAAGAUUAUCUAUAGGUAGUACUGGACAUAAAAAUUUAUAUAUUGGCAUUGGACUGGGUGGUUCCAGUUUAGAUGCUAAGGGUGGUAUCGUCGGUGGAAUUAUUGAAUUGAGUAAAAUUGAUACAUACAUACAUAUUAGAGAAGAACCUGGAAUAGAACCUGAUCAUACAGUUGGAUUAAAAUUAUUUGCGUUAGAAUUACGACUCGAUUAUAUGGGAACAAGUGUACUUAUGUCUAGAGUAUCUUCCUUGGAUGUUACACUACGUGACGAAUGGAAGAUUAAUCGUAAUAGCAAUGGAGAUGCAUUUAUGCCAACUAGAAGGCCAGCAGUCAUUUUCAUGCAUGGUGAUUUGAGUUGGGACCAACUUCAACUUAUGAUCAGUAAAUCGACAACAGCAGAUUUAUUGAAAAUGUUUUACAAAUUGGACGAGUUCUUUAGUCAACAAUUUAAAAGUAGUAAACGAGUAUUCAGUUCUUUACAACCGAGACAUCAAAGAAUAAAUAAUAAUAGUAUGAAAAAAAGGCAACAAAAAAAGAGAUCUGCUGUGGAUGGACCAUGGAGUUUAAAUCAAAUAGCGAUAUCUGACGCUAGACAUCAUAGACAUUGGCAACGUGUAUUGGCUCAAGUAGCUGGUCUUCAAUUAGGUAGUUUAAGAUUUUCAUUGCCAUCAGCUGGAACUGUUCUUGGUGGUACAAUGGAAUUGCAUGGUUCAAAUAUUAGUUUGGCCUGUUUUCAUGGUAUUAAUUUCAAAAGCAAAAGUUGGGCGUUAUUUUCAUUAAAGGAACCAUGUAUAAGUUUUGCCACAGAGGCUCAAGAAAUUCCAAGUGUAGAACUACCAAAUACAUGUGAUGUACAUGUUGUUCAAACUUUGACUAUUAGCUUAGGACAACAGCAAGAACAGCAUGCAAGACAUCAUUCUAUGGCUACCGUAUGUAGACUGAGUCGUAGCGUGCUAUUUCCUCCGCAAUUUAAAUCUUUACAAGAAUGGUUUCACUAUGCUUUUGCAAAUAGUGAGAUUGAUGCGGUAGACCGAUUUCCAUGCGUUGAAAAAGACAGAACAGACGGUACAUUAGAUAAUAAUAAUCCAACUCGAGGUAGAAGUACAUCUACUACAUCAGGAAAAUUGCAGGAUCAUUCCCAUGCAAGGGAAGUGAUAUUUGCGUUUCCUUCAUUGCAAUUACAUUUAAAAACUGAACACUUACAGACCGCCCGUACUCCAGAUGUUAUAGGACUUCCUAAGCAUAUUUUAUAUAGUGAGAAGCCGUUAGUGGAGUGCAGCUUCAUUACAGAAUUUGAAGAUCAUAUUUUUGUUACUGUUGAUGCAGAGGCAUUCUUCUUUCUGCAUGAUCUUAUUACGUCAUAUGUAAAGGAAAAAGAACGAGUGCAUACAAUGCAAACCAUGAGUGCACGUGCACAUAGUCCAGAUCCGCAAGAAAAAGAAACUGCGAGUACAAGUGGAACAAGUGUUCCUACGUCCACGACUAUUACGACAGAAGAUGAGAGAAAACGCAAACAAUUUGAUCCAGCAGAAAUGUUCAUCAAGGAUUGGCGAUCUUACAGAUGUAAAACAUGGCAUUUAGAACCUACUGUUAGGUUACUUUCAUGGGCUGGGAAAAGUAUAGAACCAUAUGGUAUAGAUUACAUUCUUCAAAAAUUAGGAUUCUCUCAUGCACGUACUACAAUACCUAAAUGGAUUCAAAGAGGAUUUAUGGAUCCAUUGGAUAAAUUGCUUACUGUUCUUAUGUUAAGAAUGGUAUUAGCUGUACGCGAGGAACCAUUAGAUGAACAAAAGGAACAUAAAAGAGAAAAAUAAUUUGUAACUCUUUUAUUUUUGUUUUUCUUUUUUUUUUUUUUUUUUUGCGCUUUUGACUUUUAACGAAUAUAUAAAUAUAUAUAAAAUCCGCGUGAUCUCUAUUUAAUUAUAGCAGCAUAUGAGAUAAAGUAAUAAUUCGUUGCUAUAACUGUAAUGAAUGACAGUGCGUAGCAAAGAUUUGUAUUGAACUGAGAUACUAAAAGUCUAGAAUAUUAAAAGUCUCUCUCUCUUUCUCUCUCUCUUUCUCUCUCUCUCUCUGUCUUUCUCUUUCUCUCUCUUUAUUUCUAUAAAGCAAUGACAGAUCGUUAUGCAAUACAGUCUUUGCUUUCCUUUACUUUGUGGAAAGAAAUACAACAUUAAUAUUCUAAUUAAUGAAGAAAACGAACCAUAGUGGUUGUAAUAUGUAAUCGUUCUUGAUAUAAGAACUUUGAUCUUGUACAUGUAAAGCUGAUAUAUUUCAGAUGUAUAUGAUAUGAUAUGAUGUGUUUCAAUAGGGGUUUGUAAGAAUAUCUGAAAACAUAAUAAGAUGUAAUCAAACACAAUUGUACAUUAAAAAAUUUAUAGUAGCUAUUAAAUUCAAUUUCUAUUAAGAAAUACGAAAUUAUAUCAGUGAGUAUACAUAAUUCAGCACCAGUAAUAUAUAUAUAUAUAUAUAUAUAUAUAUAUAUAUAUAUAUAUAUAUAUAUCAUGUGUCAAGAAGAAUGACGCUGCAGCAUAUGUAUAAUGAUUAUCAAUUUGUUCAAUAUUUUGUUCAGAAAUAAUUAAUAAUACACAUAUACGGAUAGACAGACAGACAGACAGAUAUACGCACAUACACUCAUAUAUAUAUAUAUAUAUAUAUAUAUAUAUAUAUAUAUAUAUAUAUGUAUAUAUAUAUGUAUAUAUAUAUAAUCUUUAGAUCACGCAAAAAUGCUUCUAAUAUGCAAAUAGGGACAAUUUAUAUUUCAAAUAGAAACUGUUUAUUAAAAAAUGCAUUGAAAACAUACUUUUAAAUGAUUAUUAAAUGUUGCAGCAAUAAUUCAUUAAAUACUGGUGCAUUUUCCUAUAUGUGAUACUUUACUGUUAAUGUUUUAUAGUUAGGAAAGUAUUUAUUUAUGAUGAAAUUUUUUUUCUUUUUUCCUUUUUUUUUACUUCUUUCUCUAAGAUAUACCGUUUAUGAAUAUAAAUUAUAAUGGACGAAUUAAUAUUUUUGAUUUGUAGGUGUACAAAUUCGUAUUAUUAUUAUUUUAUUAUUAUUAUUAUUAUUAAUAUUAUUAUUAUUACUAUUAAUAUUAUUAUGCUUGAUGUAUUUGUAUAUGUGAUAUAGAAUAAUCUUGCACACAGAAAUAAUUAAUUAGAUAUACCAACGAAAAAUGACAUAUAAGCUAGAUUUUUCAUAAACUGGCCCAAGUUAUAACAGUAUUUAUAUACCUGUGUCAUAGUUAUUAAAUGGAAAAUAUUAAAUCGAAAUAUUAAGCGAAUAAAAAAAAUACUAGUUGAAUUAAAGUUGUCUGCAAUUGUCUCUGUCCAAAAGAAUUACGUGUAAAAGUGCUAAAAUAUUAGAAUUGCGAUAUAAUAAGAUUUAAUUGUCUAUUCGAAGAAUUCAUAAUCUUUUUUGGGAAAGCGUGUAAUUUGUAAAAUCAAGUUGUGUUUAUUUUUUCUCGAAUUACUGUGUAUGGUGUAAAUAUUAUAUCGAAUUUAUAAUAAGAUAUGAAGAACAUACUUUUUUAUUAUUCUGUGUAUAUGUAUACAGAUUUCUUAUAAUAUUGACUCUGCUAUAUUAUUAGUAUUUUCUUUUAAAAAAUGAAAUUAUAUAAUGAGCAAGUAAUAACUUACGUAAUUGUAAUUAUCUCGUAUAAGUUAUAUAGAUAAUAUUUGUAUAAGUAUUUUGUAUUUAUUUAUACUUUUAUUGUAAAUGAUGAUGCAUCUCGUCCAUAUGUAAGAACUUGUGAAUUAGUUGCAGCUUAUAUAGAGUAAACCAUUUUUCUUGGCUAUUUUA